AAAGUAAAAGUGCAUUUGAUGCAUUUUGGGCCUGACUCUCUGGCGAUUUGGCUAUAAAAGCGUUUGAGCCCAUGCAACUAGCAUUAUUAGACGUUGUGUUCUCGACCCGAGUAAAUCAGCUACAAUAAAUAUUUGCAACAUGUUCAAAUACUUCGUUUUGGCCUUCUGCUGCUUGGCGAGCGCUGCUGCCGCUCCUGGCUAUCUGGGUGGCUUGGCUGCUCCAGCUUUGCCUCUGGCCGCUGCUCCGGCUAUCUCUUAUGGCCACGCCUUGGCCGCACCAUCGAUUGCCUCUUACGGUCUGGCGCCCAGGCUCAGCUAUGCCGCUCCAGCUUUGGCUCACGCUCCUCUGGCUGCUCCGGCUUACUCCAGCUACGGACUGGCGCCCAGGAUUAGCUAUGCUGCCCCAGCUAUUGCCCAUGCUGCUCCACUUGGCCUCGCUCAUGCUCCUUUGGGACUUGGCUACAGAUCCUAUGCUGCUCCAGCUCUCAGUCUGGGACAUGGCUGGUAAAGAUCAGAUGAGGCUUUCGGUUCGUCGGUUCGUGCAGCUUCUUCUUAGGUGUCCAAUUUCAUUUCGUGUCGCCUGAAGAAUUUUGAAUAAUAUUGAAACAAAAAAA